AUGGCCUCAACAUACGACAACUCGACUGUCAACAGCAGUACAACCACUAUCAACCAGACCAACAGCAACAGCAACAAUGGCCUCUCCACACCUUCGUCUGACCCGACGAUACAAUCUCGGCCUCAGUCGAUCUCGGAUAGAAAGACGAUUGACGCUUCAAUUGAGGAUGGCCUUCAUUAUCCACAGGAAAACAAGGAUGUCCGGAGAGGGAGUGAACCCGACAGCGAGGAGCCUCUUAGCAAGAAAGGAUCGAUGUGUGAUGAUGAUGAUGGUGUUGUUAUGGAGGGUGGAUACCGUGGAUACCUUGUCGUCUUUGGCGGUUUCCUUAUUAUUCUAGCCCUGAUCGGAUAUGUCUCUAUUUACGGCGUCUUCCAGGCUAAAUACAAUGACAUCUACGGUAUCCAGGGCAAAAGUCAGUCGUCCAUCUCCUUUGUCGGCUCCCUCGCCAGUGGCUUCCAGUUCGGAUUCACCAUCAUCGCAGGACCAGUCAUGAACCGCUUCGGACACAAGAUCACCCUCUGGGCAGGCUGUAUCAUUGCCUCCCUAGGUCUCCUCCUCGCCUCCUGGUGCACCGAGCUCUGGCAACUCUACCUGACCCAGGGUGUCAUGUUUGGAAUCGGUGCCUCGUUUCUCAACAUUGCCGCAACAGCCAUCCCCCCUCUGUGGUACGACAAGAACCGUGGUCUGGCGAUGGGCAUAUGCUUCUGUGGAGCCGGUAUUGGAGGUCUUGGCCUCGGGUUCGUGAUCCCUGCGCUGAUCAACGCCGUCGAUAUCUACUGGACCCUGAGGAUCUUUGCCAUCUUCCACUUUGUCUGUACCGCCUUUGCAGCCAUUGUGAUGCGGGCCCCGCGUCAGCUUGCUGGUCCCCCUGUCGAGGCCAAGCCCGAGGUCAUGAACUGGUCUGUCAUGAAGGAUUUCGGAUUCAUGCUCUGGUUCCUCUGCUCUUGUCUCUUCGGCUUUGCCUAUGUGGUCCCCUUUACCUAUGUGCCCUCCUUUGCCAAGGAUGUCAUCGGAUUGGACCCCAACGUUCAAGGAGGACAGCUGCUGGCCAUCAUGUCGGGAGCCAACGCCGUCGGUCGAAUCCUUAUCGGAAUUGCGGGAGAUCGGUUGGGUGCCAUUCCGGUCGCGGGAGUGUCAUUUAUUGCAACAGGAGCCAGUUGUUUUAUCUGGAUGUUCUCAACGACCCACGGAGCGUUGAUUGCGUUCUCGAUUGUGUAUGGGUUCUUCUCAGGGGCGUUCUUUACAAUGAUCGCGUCGAUCACGGCCAACAUUGUCGGACUGGCCGAUUUGAGUUCUGGACUGACGAUUAUCUACCUGAUCAACACCCCUGGAAACCUGUUUACGCUGCCCAUUGCUGGAAAGAUCUUUGAGCAGGCUGGCGACUACAAGGCCAUGAUUGGGUACGAUGCGGCCAUGUGGUUUGGAGCCUGGAUAUUGAUGAUGGCCAGCUGCUCUGGCGCUGCUGCUGCCACCACCACUGGCCGGUUCGAGUUCGAGUCCUGGUAA